AUGGCGUCCAUAGAUGGCCUCGAGGUGUGCAUCGGCGCCACUUCUGAGGCAUCAUCCCUUGAAUCUGAUGGCAUAACCUCUGCGCCAGGGACUUCCAUGACAGAGGAGGACGUGUUUGUCGAGGCGUACAUUGGGUUCAUCUCGGAGAUGAAUGCAACAAGCCCGGAGAUCGUGCGAGCGAUUCCAGUGCAUCGGGUCCUGCAACUGGCACCGUGGCGGUGGGUACUCAAUGGGUUCAGGUUUCUUUACCCCUUCAGCAUACAGACGACCCAUCUCCACGAGUUCUGGUCCCACAGCUGGCGCACAAGCGCUUGGCUCAAGUACCUCAACGUACUCUUCCUGAACAACAGCAUUCCAGCUUUCUUCAUGUCUUGGCUCAUUGCCUUUGUCGCCUUGUUCCUGUGCGUGGCAGGCGUCUUGCCUGCGUGGGUCGGCGCACCAUUCGAGUACAUCUGGUGCACAGUGGCUGGGACAGUGGGCUAUGUCUUGACUUUGCUGCUCUGGCGGUGCAAGAAGCUGGUAUUUCUUGACAUUGCCUGCAUCAGUCAGAAGGAUGAGAGGUUGAAAUCAGCGGCUUUGGUCAGCAUGGGCGCUUUCCUGAAAAACUCCCAGUCACUUUUGGUUCUUUGGGACGAAACGUACCUUGGAAUUGCACAUCGGACUUGGAAAACAUAG